GAACCCCGCCAUGGAGCCCGCCGCCACGACGCCCUUCCGCGUCACGGGGUUCCUCGGCCGCCGGCUUAAGGGCUCCAUCAAAAGGACAAAGAGCCAACCGAAGCUCGAUCGGAACAGCAGCUUCCGGCACGUUUUACCUGGCUUCAGGAGCGUGGACAAUGAAAGAUCCCAUCUAAUGCCGAGGCUGAAAGAAUCGCGCUCCCACGAGUCCCUGCUCAGUCCCAGCAGCGCUGUCGAGGCCCUGGAUCUCAGCAUGGAGGAGGAGGUGGUCAUCAAGCCGGUCCACAGCAGCAUCCUGGGGCAGGACUAUUGCUUCGAGGUGACGACUUCAUCAGGAAGUAAGUGCUUCUCCUGUCGUUCUGCAGCGGAGCGAGAUAAAUGGAUGGAAAACUUGCGGCGUGCCGUGCACCCAAAUAAGGACAACAGCAGAAGGGUAGAGAAUAUGUUAAAGUUAUGGAUUAUUGAAGCUAAGGACCUGCCAGCUAAGAAGAAGUACUUGUGUGAAUUAUGCCUGGAUGACGUUCUGUAUGCACGAACUACCUGUAAAUUGAAAACUGAUAAUGUCUUUUGGGGGGAGCACUUUGAAUUUAAUAACCUCCCAUCGCUCAAAAACAUUACGGUGCACUUAUACAAAGAGACUGACAAGAAGAAAAAGAAAGAUAAGACCAACUUCAUCGGACAGGUGAACAUCCCCGUCGGCUCCGUCACGGGCCGGCAGUUUGUGGAGAAAUGGUACCCUGUGGUCAGCGCCAACCCCAGCAAGGGCAAAUCCCCGGGGCCCAUGAUCCGCAUCAAGUCGCGCUACCAGAGUAUGAGCAUCCUGCCCAUGGAGAUGUACAAAGAGUUUGCCGAGUACAUCACUAACAACUACAUGGUGCUGUGCUCGGUGCUGGAGCCCGCGCUGAGCGUGAAGAACAAGGAGGAGAUGGCGUCGGCGCUGGUUCACAUCCUGCAGAGCACGGGCAAGGCCAAGGACUUCUUGACUGACCUGAUGAUGUCUGAAGUUGAUCGCUGUGGUGAGAAUGAGCAUCUCAUUUUCAGGGAGAAUACAUUGGCCACCAAAGCAAUCGAAGAAUACCUGAAGUUGGUUGGGCAGAAGUACUUGCAAGAUGCCUUAGGGGAGUUUAUCAAGGCUCUGUAUGAAUCAGAUGAGAACUGUGAGGUGGAUCCCAGUAAGUGUUCAUCUUCGGACCUUCCUGAACAUCAGGGCAACCUGAAAAUGUGCUGCGAGCUGGCCUUCUGCAAAAUCAUCAACUCCUACUGUGUCUUCCCAAGGGAGCUCAAAGAAGUUUUUGCCUCAUGGAGACAAGAAUGCAGUAAUCGUGGCCGCCCUGACAUCAGUGAGCGUCUGAUCAGUGCCUCCUUAUUCCUCCGAUUCCUCUGUCCAGCCAUCAUGUCCCCUUCUCUCUUCAGUCUCCUCCAGGAGUACCCGGACGACCGCACUGCACGCACUUUGACCCUUAUUGCCAAGGUCACUCAGAACCUCGCCAACUUUGCCAAGUUUGGCAGCAAAGAGGAAUAUAUGUCCUUCAUGAAUCAGUUUCUGGAACAUGAAUGGACCAACAUGCAGAGAUUUCUGCUGGAGAUUUCCAAUCCAGAAACCAUCUCAAACACAGCUGGCUUUGAAGGCUACAUUGACUUGGGCCGGGAACUCUCCACUUUGCACUCGCUGCUCUGGGAAGUCAUUUCUCAACUGGAGCAGGGCAUUGCAACAAAACUUGGGCCUCUGCCUCGGAUUCUGAGGGAUGUGAACUCAGCGCUCAGCAACCCGGCCUGCGUGCAGGUCUCGGUCACAGCUGAUCACACUGCGUCCACUCCUAACGCCGGCAACAGCAUCUCUGCUGGGCUACAGAAAAUGGUGAUAGAGAAUGACUUAUCUGGUCUCAUAGAUUUCACACGGUUACCAUCUCCAACCCCUGAAAACAAGGACUUGUUUUUUGUCACAAGGUCUGCUGGGGCUCAACCCUCACCUGCCCGAAGCUCCAGUUACUCAGAGGCCAAUGAGCCCGAUGUGCAGAUGUCUAAUGGCAGCAAGAGUUUGUCCAUGGUGGACUUGCAGGACAAUCGCCUCUUGGACAGUGGAGCAAGCGCACCUGGCACUUCUGACUCCCUCAAUGACAGCCAGUCAUCGCUGGGGCAGCUGCAGGGCGUGUGGGGCACACGGACUCAGCAGAGCAGCGUGCCGGCCAUGGCCACCGUGCGCCGCGUCGGGCAGACGCCCACCACGCCGAGCGGCGAGAGCGCGCCCGGGCGGCCCCAGCUCCUGGCGCCCCUCUCCUUCCAGAACCCUGUGUACCAGAUGGCAGCCGGGCUGCCGCUCUCCCCGCGUGGCCUGGGUGACUCUGGCUCCGAGUGCCACAGCUCGCUGAGCCCGCCGCCCCCGCCGCCGCCGCCCGUCACGCGGGGAAGGACACCCCCGUCGCUGCUCAACACGGUGCAGUACCAGAGACCCUCCAGCGGCAGCAUGAUGUCCUCGUCGCCCGACUGGCCUGGCAGCGGCGCCCGCAUCAGGCAGCAGUCUUCCUCCUCCAAGGGCGACAGCCCUGAGAUGAAGCAGCGCACGAUGCACAAACAGGCCCCUUCUCCUGUGAACCCCAAUGCCCUGGACCGCACUGCUGCUUGGCUUUUGAAUAUGAACAUGCAGUUUUUAGAAGAUGAAAGCAUUGACCCAGAUUCCAAGCACAGGGAUAAGCUCAGGAAUAAGGACGAGCUCAGCCAAGCAGAAAAGUACCAGCAGGAUCUAGUAGUGCUUCAGGACAAGCUUCGCAUCUCCAACAAGAAGCUGGAAGAGUAUGAGACACGGUUCAAAUGCCAGGAGGAGACAACACAGAAGCUGAUGCUGGAAUACCAGGCCAGGCUUGAGGAAAGCGAGGAGAGGCUCCGCAGACAGCAGGAGGAUAAGGAGAUCCAGAUGAAGGGCAUCAUCAGCAGACUGAUGUCAGUUGAGGAGGAGUUAAAGAAAGACCAUGCAGAAAUGCAGGCUGCUGUGGAUUCCAAACAGAAGAUUAUUGAUGCACAGGAGAAACGCAUUGCUUCCCUGGAUGCUGCCAAUGCACGGUUAAUGAGCGCCCUUACUCAGCUGAAAGAGAGGUACAGCAUGCAGACACGUAAUGGGAUCUCUCCCACAAACCCAACUAAAUUGCAGAUUACAGAGAAUGGCGAAUUCAGAAACAGCAGUAAUUGUUAACGCGUGGAGGGCGCUGCCGCAGGAGGAGGCCUGGCCAGACAGACCGUGCAGCAGCAGUAUGCAUUAGAAAAAAAAACAGCCCAUUUUCUGGAAUACUGUCCUCUUUAAAUUGGGAAUGAGCACUGCAUGGAUAUUAACCGUCUCGAAGAAUGUAAAACUUGGUCAUAAGGGAGUAACCAA